AUGAAAUAAGAAAUAAUUGACACUCAAUCACAUAAGUUCGAUGAGAAACAAAUAGAAAUCACAUGGAGUAUUUAAAAAGGUAUGAAAUAUAAAAUUGAUUACAGGUGUGCCAUAAAAUCAAGAUUAGAUAAAUCAAUAAUCUCCAUAUUAAAUAGUUAAUGCCGGAUAAAACGAGAAUUAUGGAUGGGGCCCUGGCAUUGGAGCUAGAGCAAUAUUUAUAAAUUAAGAAGAAGUCAUUGUUUGCUAAGAUUAAAAUAGUGGUGGUUAAUAUUUAUAUUUUGAUCAAGUCUAAUAAUAAUGGCUUCCAUUCUAAUAAAAAGCAGAUGAAAUUAUAAAUAAAAUAAAAUAAUAAUAGAAUCAAAAUGAUGAAAAAGUAUUAAUCAUUGAGGUAAGUAAUCAUGAAAAUUUUAAUGAAUAUAAAGGAUAAAUUACAGAAAAAGAAUUAGCUUAGUAAUCUAAUAAUAUUAUGUAAUUUGAUGAUAUGUUCUUAAUGAUAACUGAAAACAUUUAAAAAAUUUUUGAUAAGACAAAUGCAGUGUAUUUAGAAAUUAAUUAAAAAGAAGCUAAAUUAAUGAUAACAUUGAAAACAAAAAUAGGAAGGAGAUAAAUUGAUAUUCCUAUAAAGGUUCCUCUUUCUUUAAUUGAAUAGAAUGAAGCAGACAAAAAAAAGAUUAAAAAAAUUUAAUAAAAUAAAAAAUUUGAUGAAAUUUAUAGUAAAAUAUCAAAAUUAGAAUAAUUAGAAGAAUAAUAGAAAUAAUUAAAUUCUAAACUUGAUGAUAUCUAUAGUAAAAUAUAAAAAUUAGAAUAAUUAGAAGAAUAAUAAAAAAGGAAUUUCGAAGACAUAUUAAUUUUAAAAAAUUAACUUAAAUAAUAAUAAUAAUUAUAUUAAAAACUUUCAAUUUAACAUUUGAAAUAGUAAAUAAAUUAAAAUAGUAACAUUUACAUGUCUCAAAAAAUUGAAGGAUGCUAUGAAUUUGAAUUUUUCAUUGCGGAUGAUGAAAUCGAAUUUGAUGUUGGUAUUAUAGCAGAUGAUAAUUUGGAAAAUUUAUAAAAUAAGAUCAAAUCUUAUUUUAUUCAAUUACCAUAUGGCAAUUUAGUAAAAGGAAAUUAAAUUUAUGGAUAUAUGAUUACUCAUAUAUUCUAAGUUGAUGAUAAAUUAGCUAUUAGAGUAGAUUCUAAAAAACAUGAACUUUAAUUGAUUAUAAAUGACCAUGUUUCAGCUCCAUUAAAGAUUCAUAAUUCAAUAAAAGAAUUUUCAUUUAUAAUUAAAAGUUAAGAACCCUUAGAAAAAUUCAUUUCUGAACAUAAUUAAGUCUGA